AUGAAAAUGAAAAUGAAAAUUCUUUUAAUUUUUUUAAAAUUUUUUUUUUUAAAAAAAUUAUUUGUAAAUAGUUUAGAUAUUGGAUCAAAAUGUGAAAUAUUAAAUCCAAUUUCAAUGUGUUCAAAUUAUUUAGGUUAUAAAAAUAUUUAUUUACCAUAUGGAUAUACUCAAGAAAUUAUUGAAGCAAAUGUUACAGCAACUUUAACAAAUCCAAUGGGAUUUAGUGCAAUUCCAGAUUUAAUUUGUAAAGAGAAUAUAAUUAAAUUAUUUUGUAUUUCAACCUAUAGAGAAUGUAAUAGUAAUAUAAAUGGUAUUUCAUUCCCUUUACCAUCGAAUCCAUGUCAAAAGAAUUGUUUUAAAGUUUUAGAAACAUGUGUACCUUUUCUUUCAUUUUUCCAAGGUUUUUCAUGUCAACAAAAUGAUACCGAUGGUAAGGAUCUUUACCCAAUUACAGAGAAUUAUUAUAAUUUAACAAGUUAUGGUGGUUCUUCAAAUCAAUCAAUUCAAUGUUCAAAUCCAAAUCAAGGAUCAACCAAUACCACAGUUUCAUGUGUUUAUCCAUUGGUUUAUGUUUCAACAGAUGAUAUAAAAAAUGGUGAAAAGUUUCAUGAAGUAAUGCCAAAUUGUGUUUUACCUUGUCCAUUAUAUGUUUAUACAGACAAACAAUAUGAUGCAAAAUUUUAUACUGAAGUUGUAUUUUAUUGUGUAUCUGCAACAAUUGCAGUUUAUUUAAUUCUUACAUUUGGUUUAAUUCAAAAUAAAAUUACACAUCGUAGUUGGAUUAUCAUUUAUUUGGGAUUUACAGUUUUAGCAUUAUGUGCAAGUUAUGCAACUCAACAAUAUGGUAAUGGUGAUUUUAGAUGUUCAUCACAACCUGGUAGAUAUCGUAGUAGUCAAGAUGGUAAUUGUAUGUUAACUGGUUUUUUUUUUCAAAUGGGUGGUUUAGGUACUAUAUUUAUGUUAUCACUUUAUUCAUUUGAUUUCUUUUUAACUAUUAAUAUGAAAACAAAUAAAUACUUUUUACAAACAUCAAUUGGAGUUUGGGCAUUAAUUUUUUUCUUUGCUUUAUUACCAAUAAAACAUUAUGAAUCUACUAUUGAUAGUGCAGGUUGUUGGAUUGGUGAAUAUAAUAAUAGGUUUUGGUUAUAUUUUUGUUUUUAUAUACCAGCAUAUAUUGUAACAUUUUUAAUGGUUAUUUUUAUUACAUCAUCAAUAUAUAAAGUAUUUAAAAUGACUGUUUUAUUUAAAUCAAUAAAUGAUAGAAGAAUUUUAUUUUUAAAUUUAAGAUCAGUUACAUUUUUAUUAGUAAUUUUAUUUUGUAUUUCAUUUACAUCAAUGUAUCCAUUAUAUGUAUCGUAUAAUGGUGAAGUAUUUUAUGAUGCAAUUGAAAAAUGGGUAUAUUGUUUAUUAGAAAAAGGAAAUGAUCAAUGUCCAAGAAUUCAAUUUUCAAGAUUUGGUCUUAGAUAUAUGAAUGCUUUUUGUAUGUCAAUUAUUGGUAUACUUCUUUUAUUUGGGUUAGGUAUUGAUCCUCAUAUUGCAACUAUUUAUAGAGAGUCUGAAAGAUUCAACUAUUUAUUACAUUUAGUUGGUAUCAAAUGGGGAAAUACUCCAGUACCAAGUAAAAAAUCAAGUACUUCAUCAAAUUCAUCAGGAUCAAGUGGAGAAAAAACAAGGGAAACUAGAAAAACAAGAGGUCAAUCAAUCUCUUUAAAAAAGAUUGAUCAAUCAAACUCAAAUUCAAACUCAAAUGAAAUUGAGUCAUCUUCAAUAGAUAAACAACCAUCUUCAAUAUUAAAUAAUCAUAAUAAUAAUGAUGAUAAACAAUCUCAAGCUUAA